AUGCCCAUUAACGUAACUAACGGGAUAAAGUCAUCUAGCUCCAGUAGUGCCCGCCAACUCCUCGUAUGGGUCAUAUGUGCUGGUGCUCUGGAGGGAAAAUGGCGUCGCGGAGGCGUUGCCCUCCUGACAAUGUGUGGCGAAGGCUUUCAAACUAUCACUCGUUGUCAAGGUUAUGAUGAUCCUUCAGUCAACGUUAACCUCCACCCGCUAAAUUCUGAAACGAGACAGUCACCCCCGUUCAACCGGGAACCAUUGUUGGAUCCUGGAUCUCGAUGUGAAACAGUGCGAUUUAAUUGGGUUCUAAAAUUGUUAUCCUUGUUGACAUGGAAUUCGAGCUGUAUCAGGCCCGUCAAACACCUGGUAUUGUUACCUGGUUUGUUCGAGGCAUUCUUCGAGCCAGUUGGUUGUUCGGAAAUCCGGGAUUUUGACGCCAUUGACGUGCAAGAAGACAUCAGAAUUUAA